AUGGAUAUAUUUAAGACUAAGAUAAAAUAUAAGAGGCGAAAGAAUAACAAUACUGGAAGUAAUAGAACCAUAAUACCGUCAUUAAAAAAUGAUAUUGACAUGAAUAAUGAGCAGAGAAUUUCGAUGCCCGAUGAUUCGUUGAAUUUCCCUCAGAAGAGACAUGGCUUCAUAGAUGAGAAUUUGAAAUCUUCUCUAGACCUCAACGAAGCAACCAAGUCGAACCCAAUCAUAUGCAGCAGUUUGGCAUGUGAAAAUACUCAAGUAAUUCAUUCGAAUGGCUCACAAGGCCUAGAUAUGACUUCAUUUUCUAACGACUCCACUAUAGACAAUUAUGAAACGUUUUUAACUGCACCACCACAGAAGCAAUCUCUGAUUAUGACUAUAGCUGUAGGUGCUUUCGUUACAGUGGGUGGAUUUCUUUUUGGUUACGAUACUGGUUUAAUUAACAGUGUACUGGAAAUGAAAUAUGUUUUAGAUAAUAUUGCUCCAAAUAACACGUAUUUCACAGCUAAGGAGCAAUCUAUAAUGGUUUCAUUCUUAUCCCUGGGUACCUUCUUAGGUGCAUUAAUUGCUCCAUUCAUAGCAGAUAGAUAUGGCAGAAAGAUAACAAUUAUCCUAAGCAGUACCCUUAUUUUCUUCUUGGGAAACUCACUUCAAGUAGGCUCACAUGGAAUUGGACUCUUCGUCGCGGGUAGAUUUAUAUCAGGUGUUGCUAUUGGAAUGGUUUCUGCCGUAGUGCCUUUAUAUCAAGCCGAGGCUGCUCCAAAACAGUUAAGAGGCACUAUUAUUUCUAUGUAUCAAUGGGCAAUCACUUGGGGAUUAUUAGUUUCUUCUGCUGUAUCACAAGGCACUAAAAAUAUAAACAAUCCUUCUUCUUAUAGAAUACCUAUCGGUCUGCAAUAUGUUUGGGCUGCGUUCUUAGCUGCAGGGAUGCUUUUUUUACCUGAAAGUCCAAGAUUUUAUGUUCUUCGUGAUAAUCUAGAUGAAGCUGCAAGAUCGUUAUCCUUUUUAAGGGGUGUUCCUGUUCAUGAUUCAGCAUUAUUAGAAGAAUUGGUAGAAAUUAAAGCAAAUUAUGAUUAUGAAGCUGCUGUAGGAUCCACUUCAUUUUGGGAUUGCUUUAUAUCUACUGAAACAAGGCCAAAGGAAACUUUAAGAAUGUUUACUGGCCUAGGUAUUCAAGCUUUCCAGCAAUUUGCUGGUAUUAAUUUUGUCUUCUAUUAUGGUGUCAAUUUUUUUGAAAAAACAGCCGUUGAAAGUAGUUACAUCAUAUCAUUUAUUACUUAUGCUGUAAAUGUUUUUUUCAAUGUUCCAGGUUUACUUUUAGUAGAAUAUAUUGGUAGACGUGAUUUACUAAUCUCUGGUGGAAUAUUAAUGACUACGUGCAAUUUUAUUAUUGCAGGUGCUGGCUGUCUAUCUGAUAAUGUUAUUUCAAGUAAAGUGAUGAUUGCAUUUAUUUGUUGUUUUGUAGCAUCGUUCUCUGCAACUUGGGGUGGUACAGUUUGGGUCAUUUGUGCUGAAUUAUUCCCUUUGGGAGUUCGUUCUAAGGCUUCUGCUAUGUGUGCUGCUUCUAAUUGGUUAGCAAAUUUUGUUUGCGCCUUUAUUACGCCGUAUAUCGUAAGUACAGGAAAGAACAAAAAUAAUCCAGAUUCUGAUGGUGGUGGCUUUGGUUCCAAGAUUUUUUUCAUUUGGGGUGGCUGCACCGCUUUAGCUACAUUCCUUGCGUAUUUCACUAUUUAUGAAACAAGUGGAUUAACUUUAGAAGAAGUUAAUGAGUUAUAUAAGAAAUGCCCUACAAGUUUCCAAUCAAAAAAAUGGAACCGAAUUAUAAGAAAUAAGAAUUAUGAAGGGUCAGUGGAAGAGCAAAGUGCUAUUGAAGCAGUAGAAUCUUUGGUAAAUAGUAAAAACCUAUCUAUUAAAUCACCUCAUUCAUUCAAUCAUAAAUCAUCUCAUUCAUUCAAUCAUAAAUCUAAUAUUCUCAGUAAUACAGUAGCUAUGAUGGAUACUGAAGUUUUAUCAUUCGAAAAUUCAGAUACUAAUAAACAAACUACGAUUUUAUCUGACAAGAAUUUGAAUCUAAAUACUAAAGAGAAUUGUACUUAUAAUGAUGAUAACAACAACGAUAAUGAUAAUAACCAUAAUACUGAUUUUCAAGAUAACAUCAAUUAUACUUCUCUUUUUCCACCUUCACCACCACCUGCAUCGCAUUUAAAUCCCGAUAAUCCAAUGCUACCAAGCACUAUAUCAAAUCUAGUCCCUAGUUUCAAUAAGGUACCUAAUACACGUAACUCAAUCAUAUCUAAUGAUAGUGAUCAUUCUGAUACAUCAAUAGAGCCUACGAUACCAAUCACUUCACCUCCUUCCAUACCAAUCCCCCCUCCAUCUGUCAUGCUAAUACCACAAUCAUCAUCUAUUCCAAUUCCGGAACAAUCAUUGUUCAAUUCUAAUAUAUCUUCUAAUACUCCAAGCAUUCCUUCAUCGUAUCAUGAAUAUCAAUUACAAACUCCAAACAACUCCAACGGUAACUCUUCAGAUGACAAUAAUAACAUUACACAACACAUUGGGACUUCGGAAUUCCCACAACAUUUUAAUGAUAUAUUAAACCAUCUAAGAUGGAGGCUGAACCAAGCAAAUACGUUGACUUAG